CGCCACUCAUCUACAAUGCGCUCCAUCCUCCCUCUCUCCCUCUCCCUCUCCUCUCUUCCUAUGUUUGCCUCCGCAACGGUCGGCUUCGGCAGUGAGUGGUGGCUCAACGCGUGGGGAACAGCCAACGGACCCGUAUGGAUUGCUUCUUCGAAGACAACCCUUCAGGUUCCAGCGGCUCGAGCCCACAGGUUGACCGUCUCGCGCUCUGGCCCGGCAUGGAGACCGCAAACAGCGGACUCGUGCAGAGCAUUAUCGCUUCGUUUGCGAACCCGGCUGGUGAGGCGCCAGAGGGUUGCGGCGGCCAGCCCGGCCAAUGGUGCCUCUUCGCGAGCUUCUACGACGGAAAUGCGAAUGCACAGUCGUCCGGAAACUACGUACCUGUGAGCGAGGGUGGUAUGCUGGACAUCGAGUCCACAGACAAUUACGACGACUCGACAGGCGCCACCGUACAGAACGUGUACAGGGACGGUCAGCUCUUGUCCACAUUCACGAGCAACUCCGGCAGGCCUUACUACUGGGAUAUCGCCGUCGAGUGCCAAGACAACGUAAGCGGCAACAUGCCCGCACACACGUACCACAACACGCAGAUUGUGCUCGGGGCGGCAGACCUGGACUUAAUCAACCAGUUGUACAAGGCUGGCACGAGCGACUCUGGAUUGUCCUCGCCCGACGGCGGAUUGACGUGGGUUGUCGACACGGUGACCGUGGACUCGUAUCCCUAUACCCCGCAGUAAGUGCUCACCUUAGUGCUACCUUGAGCGCUCAGACGGAAACACUGUUCUC